GGAAGGCCAAAACCAAGGGGAACAGAGUGGGGGCUCCACUCUUAGCUGAAAAGAGAGUGUUGCAUCUUGUGAGAGAAGGCUGCUGAGAAACAGAAGGAAGGCUGCCCCAGCAUGCAGCGCAGGAGGCUCAGGACUUUUCAGAUUUCCCCGUCUGGAGGCAAAAUUGAGGCCACUAAAGAGAAGAAAACGCAGAUUGUUAGAAUCCUUCAAAUCUGAUACUCAGCACUGUUAUGAUCUCUUCGUUACUGGAUGUUGAGUCUGGAUAUCAAAACCAGUCCAGUGAAGUACUCUCCUAUUAAGUUAAGGGACCAACUUAAAAUCAACAAAACAACAACAGGCCUAACACAAUCAGGAAAUCUAAGUCUCUUAAAGUGAAAAGCAAACAACCAGUCCUUCUUCUGCUCUUUCCUGAGAUCUAAAUGUGAUGGCCAUGCUGCUCAUGCCUGUGCAGCUGCUGGCGGUGGCUGUCACCAUUUACAUAGAGCUGGUGAGGUCUGCUCAAGGUGGCGUCUACUAUGGGAUCAAGCAGCUGCCACCCCAGGUGCCCCAGUACCAACCCCUUGGACAACAAGUACCUCACAUGCCACUGGGCAAGGAAGGCAUACCGAUGCAGCACAUGGGCAAGGAGGUGCCCCACAUGCAGUAUGGGAAAGAGUACCCCCAUCUGCCUCAGUACAGGAAAGAGGUCCCGCAGAUGCCUCUGCUUGGCAAGGACAUGGCUCCCAAGAAAGAGAAAGAGAUGCCCGUGCGCAGCCUGCGAGGCGAGCAAGGUCCCCCCGGUGAGCCUGGUCCAAGAGGGCCACCGGGGCCACCAGGUCUACCCGGUCACGGUGUGCCAGGAGCCAAAGGAAAACCAGGCCCACAAGGAUAUCCAGGAAUUGGGAAGCCGGGUUUGCCAGGGAUGCCGGGAAAACCCGGGGUGAUGGGGCCCCCGGGGCCGAGAGGGGAGAUGGGGCCAAAGGGGGAGAUGGGGCCCAUGGGAAUACCUGGUCCACAAGGACCACCGGGACCUCAUGGGCUUCCCGGCGUUGGAAAAGCUGGUGCUCCAGGAUUACAAGGACAACCAGGGCCGAAGGGCGAGCCUGGGAUGAAGGGGCCUCCAGGAGCCCCCGGAAUCCCAGGGCCAAAAGGGGAGAAGGGUGUUGGGAUCCCAGGUCUGCCAGGUCUGAAGGGUCCCCCCGGGCUGCCUGGUGCCCCCGGACCCGUGGGGCUGCCUGGGGUGGGCAAGCCGGGAAUGGUCGGCUUCCCCGGCCCCCAGGGACCCACCGGCAAGCCUGGGCUGCCAGGAGAGCUGGGUCUGCAGGGUCCCCCAGGUCCCCCCGGCAUCCAAGGCCCUCCAGGACCACCGGGCAUUGGCAAACCUGGCCAGGAUGGUGUUCCUGGCCAACCAGGCUUCCCUGGCGGAAAAGGGGAGCAGGGCUUGCCAGGCUUGCCGGGGCCCCCUGGCAUCCCCGGCGUUGGCAAGCCAGGCUUCCCCGGGCCCAAGGGUGAGCGUGGUGUGGGGGGCCCACCUGGACCCUUGGGGCCAAAGGGGGAGAAGGGGCACGUGGGGCCGCCUGGCAUGGGGGGCCCGCCAGGAGAGCCAGGACAGCCGGGGCUGCCGGGCAUCAUGGGUCCCCCGGGAGCUGCCGGCUUCCCUGGACCCAAAGGGGAAGGCGGCGCCGUGGGACCGCCAGGACCAGUUGGACCCAAGGGUGAACCUGGCCUGCAGGGCUUUCCAGGGAAGCCGGGCUUCCCCGGGGAAGUGGGUGCCCCUGGGCUGCGGGGGUUGCCAGGACCCACGGGGCCCAAGGGGGAAGCAGGGCAGAAAGGUUUGCCAGGGCUGCCGGGCGUCCCAGGGCUGGUGGGGCCAAAGGGCGAGCCAGGACUCCCCGGUGCCCAGGGGCUUCAAGGCCCCUCGGGCAUCCCAGGCAUCGCAGGACCCAGUGGUCCCAUUGGCCCCCCAGGGCUGCCGGGGGCAAAGGGGGAGCCUGGCAUGCCCGGACCCCCUGGCUUCCCUGGCGUGGGCAAACCUGGCGCUGCAGGGCUGCAGGGACCGCCAGGGAAGCCUGGGGCGCUCGGUCCCCCCGGCCAGCCAGGACUCCAGGGCCCACCGGGACCCCCUGGGCCCCCGGGUCCCCCGGUCAUCAUCCCACCCACUCCACCGGCUGUGGGACAGUACCUGCCUGACGUGGGGCCGGGAAUUGAAGGCGUCAAGCCUCCCUAUGGCUACAUGGGCAAGAAAGGCAAGGCUGGCGGCAUCGUCUACGAGAUGCCUGCGUUCACCGCGGAGCUCCUCACUCCCUUCCCCCGUGUCGGAGUGCCUGUGAAGUUCGACAAGCUUCUCUACAAUGGCCGGCAGAACUACAACCCCCAGACAGGGAUCUUCACCUGUGAGAUCCCCGGAGUCUACUACUUCGCCUACCACAUCCACUGUAAAGGGGCCAGCGUCUGGGUGGCGUUGUUCAAGAACAACGAGCCACUGAUGUACACCUACGAUGAGUACAAGAAGGGUUUCCUGGACCAGGCUUCGGGCAGUGCUGUUGUCCAGCUGAUGCACGGAGACAAGGUUUACGUUCAAAUGCCAUCCGAGCAGGCAGCAGGACUCUAUGCUGGGCAGUAUGUUCAUUCGUCUUUUUCAGGAUAUUUAUUGUAUCCCAUGUAAAGCAAAAACCAGACACACACACACAAUCAAAAUCUUUCUUCUCUGCUUCAAACCUUUAUACCAUGACAGAUGCAUUUUAUGACCAUUUUGGACCAUGUUGUACAAAAAAAAAUAAAUAAAUACAAAGUUCAACAUUAUGCACAGCUAGUUAUAAGAAAAGGUAUGGUGUAUCAGGUUCAUAAACAGUUGUUUUGCACCCAAGGGGGACAUAUUAGCUGUACAUUAUAUAUUUCUGUGAUGCCAUGCUUACUUCAUUUCAUUCACAAUAAUUCAGUACUGAGGCUCAACUCAGUGUACGUCACUUGCUCCUGUUGCAUAUUUGACUGUUGCAAUGAUCAUAGUUAUAAGCUGAAACCAGUGACUUAAGCCAGAGUAGGUCUGUCUCAAAUUAUACGGAAAAUAAUGAGUGGCUUUUUAUUUGUUUGGGCGGGGAUUUACUUUGACAGCAGGUCUGCCUGACAAGCAAAGGUUCUUUUAGCUAGAGACCUUUAUUUCCCUCCUCCCCAUAUAAAAUAUUCCUGCAAGUAAGGGUUUUUUUCCUAAACAAUUUAUUUAUGAUGGAAAUGGAGUAUUGAUGGUGUAACUAUUCCCAAUGAGCCUUCUCCAGCAGUCGUUGGACUCAGAAUACUACCACUGACUCCAGCAGAUGCUGGGUUCACUUCCAAAUGCACAGCAUUCGAGAAGCCUCCAUCUGCAUGUACACGGUUGAAGCAGAUGAGGUAGAUCAGAGAAAAAAAGGAAGGAUUUCCCAUUUGCUUUGUGACUGAGACAUUUUGGCCAACAUGUGGCAAUACAGCAGGGCAGUACAAAGUCCCUGGGAUUUCUGUGUUCGUGCUAAGAACCUGUGUCUGUUUGGCUUAUCAGAAGAGAUGCCUGUUCUGCCACUCAGCAAAAAUUAAAUCAGUUUACUCUUCAAUGACUAGGCAAAGCAGGAGUAGAUCUGUUUGCUAAUUAACUAAUUUGUUGUUUGAGAUCAAUAAUUUUACCUGCAAUAUCAAUCAUGCAAAUUUAUCUGAGAACUUCAUUUUAUAUAAAAGCUGAUUUCCAAUCCUUAUUUAUAUGUUACCUAUUGUCAAGGAGAACUUGCAGGCCUUGACCUUUUGUGUACAUGAGGAGAGCAACUUCUCUGCAAGACCUGUCUGUUCAUCAGUGGUGCUAAUCUCGCCUCAGAAGUAUUUGUUUCCAAAGGGCAGUGUACUUUGCUGUGGUUCCCUGUACAGUGCUGCACAUCACACACUGUUACGCUAGUUGAAAGAGCUAAGUACUCAUCACUUCUUCAAUGUCUUUAGCUAACACUACCGCUUUUGAUUCAAAAAUGAUCUAGAUUUUUCAUGCAGAACUAAGAUUGGAUUUAACUGGCAUUACCAUUAUUUAAAUGCAGAGUUUAAUGCAGUCUAACAUUGACUAAGGACUCCAGUGAUAUAAUGUGGUGCUUUAUCUCAGAAAUUUUAUGGAACGGUGGCAGGAACAGAUGGACAGUUCACCAGGAAUUGGUGACUUCGGUAUGUUCCCAGAAUAUAUGAGAUAUGUCAAAAGCAAAUAAUUUUGUAUUUAAAAUUUUUGUACUGAUUUGAAAAAAAUAUCUUAUUAAAUAUCUUUAAAAAAAAAAAAUCCUGUCUUCAUUCAGCAGAAUUGUUGGAAGGAACGUUCAACCCACUGAAUUUAUGUAUCAGACCAAAAGGACUCUCUGAAGCCACUGACAGCUUGAUACAGAAAAAAAAAAAAAAAAAAAAAAAAAAAGUGAUAUUCUUUACUUUUAGUUUCUCUCUAUUGGCAAAACCCACCCUAAGCCACUAAGAGGAACGUGAUGUCCCAGCAUCACAUUUAGUGGGGCGUGCAGAGCGAGGGGCUUCUGCAGGCAGCCCAGGGAAUGGGUGACCCCUCAGCGUGAGCCGAUGUGAGAGUGCAACUUAACAGGGCACCAUGCAGAAAGCCGAAAAAUCAGAUAUCAUAGAGAUGCACUGUUAAGGGAUUGUGCUUGCCUAAAAAAACAGAGCUGGCUGCCCAGACUGGGAGAUGCACACCACAUCCCUGUAACUCCCGUGUGAUUUGAAAACAGCUUUUUCCCAUUCCUCUCCACUUUUUUCACCUGCAAAAACCUACUGCAAAAGCAGCAACGUAUUUGUCACUGAUCUAGAUCACUAUUCAACUGUGGCUCCAAUGCAGGGAGCAAAUGACAACCCUUGGUGUGGCUCCUCUGAUCUCACCUCAAAGCCAGGCAUUUCCUCCAGGCUGGUGAACUCCUCAACUGUUCAUACUAAAAUGAAUGCAUUGAAUAUCUGCUUGUGUCAGGUAAUUGUUUUCCCAGAAAUGCACUAAAGCCAUGAGCUAAGCAGCUCCCCACUCCCCAGCUUCCCAUCUUUACUGCACAGAAAAAGGAAAACAAAACGUUAACAAAGUAUCACAUCGUCUCUCACUUUCUAUCUGAAGUCUCUUGUUACAUACCAUGUUCUUAAACGUCUUUUCUUUUAGCAUUCCCUUUAAAGUCCCUAGUAAGACAGGCAAGAUUAAAAAAAAUGUGAAAAGGUAAAAUCAGGAGGAUGCUGCUUUUGAUCUUACACACAAAAACUACAUCCCAACUUCGCUUUUAUUUAGCCUGGAGUGAGAUUUCCACUUGUGGUACAUCUCAGCCUACCUAGGUUCAAAAAUUUUCAGCUGUUUGCUCUACUAAGCACUGAAGUUUAUUCUGAAACUUGAUUCCAUAUCUGAUUACACUGUGUGUACUUUAUACAACAUUAAUAAAUGGCACUGGGCACAUGCGUGCAUCUGCACACACAGAAUCACAGAAUGGUCAGGGUUGGAAGGAACCUGUGGAGAUGAUGCAGUCCAAUCCCCUGCCUAAAGCAGGCUCACCUAGCGCAGGCUGCACAGGAAUGCAUCCAGGCAGGUUUUUAAUAUCUCCAGAGAAGGAGAUCCUACAGCCUCUGCAGGCAGCCUGUUCCAGGGCUCUGUCACCCUCACAGUAAAUAAGUUUUUUCACACAUUGAGGUGGAACUUCCUGUGUUCCACUUUGUGUCCAUUGCCCCAUGUCCUGCUGCCAGACACCACUGAAAAGAGUCUGGCCCCAUCCUCUUGACAGUUGCCCUUUAUAUAUUUGUAAGCAUUGAUAAGACCCCGUCUCAGUCUUCUCCAGGCUAAAUAGACCCAGGUCUCUCAGCCUUUCCUCCUAUGAGACAUUCCAGUCCCUUAAUCAUCUUCAUGGCCCUCUGCUGGACUCUCUCCGGUAGAUCCUUAUCUUUCUUGAGCUGAGGAGCCCAGAACUGGACACAGGACUCCAAACAGGGCCUCACUAGGGCGGAGCAGAGGGUGAGGAUAAACCUACCUUGACCUGCCCACCAUGCUCUUCUUAAUGCACCCCAGGAUACCGUUGGCCUUCUUGUCCAUGAGGGCACGUUACUGGCUCAUGGUUAGCUCGUUCACCAGAACUCUCAGAUCCUUCUCCACAGAGCUGUUUUCCAGCAGGUCAAACUGUAACCUGUACUGGUGCACAUUGUUAUUCCUCCCUAGGUGCAGGACCCUGCACUUGCUUUUGUUGAACUUCAUUAAAUUCCUCCCUGCCCAAGUCUCCAGCCUGUCCAGGUCUUGCUGAAUGCCAGCCAGCCUUCUAGUGUAUCAGCUGCUGCUCUUCAUUUUGUGUCAUCAGCAAAUUUGUUGAGGGUACACACUUUCCCCUCAUCCAAUUCAUUUAACAAUAUGUUGAACAAGACUGGGCCCAGUACUGAGCCCUGUGGAACACCACUGGCCACAGGCUUCCAACUAGACCUGAGCUCUGCCAUCCAGCCAGUUCUCAAUCCACCUCACUAUUCACUCAUCUAUCCUAUGCUUCCUAAGCUUACAUAUGAGGUAGGUACAGGAGACAGUGUCAAAAGCCUUUCUGAAGUCAAGGUAGACAACAUCCACUGUUCUCCCCUCACCAACCUAACCAGUCAUACCAUCAUAGAAGUCUAUUACAAUUUGGCUAAGCAUGAUUUCCCACAGUGAACACACGCUGACCACUCCUGAUAACAUUCUUUGUCUCCAGAUACUUAGAGAAGAUAUCCAGCACGAGCUGUUCCAUGCCCUUUCCGGGGGCGGAGGUGAGUCUGUCUGGCCUAUAGUUUCCUGGAUCCUACUUUUUGGGCACUGGAGUGACCUUGGCUCUCCUUCAGUCCUCAGGCACCACUCCUUUUCUCCACGGCCUUUCAAAGACAAUGGAGAGUGGCGUAGCAAGAAUAUCCACAGCUCACUCAGCACUUUUGGGUGCAUCCCAUCAGGGCCCAUGGAUUUGUGGGCAUUUGGUUUGCUUAAGUAAUCACUAACCAGAUCCUCCUCAGUGAAGAGAGUCUUCAUUUCUCCAGACCCUCUCCAUUUCCUUCAGGGUCUGGGAUUCCUGAAGGCCAGCCUUAGAAGUAAAGAUUGAAGCAAAGGCAGCAUUCAGUAACUCCACCUUCUCAGAAUCCUCUGUGUCACCAGAACACACCCCUCAUUCAGCAGCGGGCUCACAUUUUCCCUAGUCUUCCUUUUGCUACUGAUGCACUUGAAGCCUUUCUUCUUGUCCUUGAUGCCUCUUGCCAGAUUUAACGGCAAGUAGGCCUUAGCCUUCCUUGUUAUAUCCCUGCAUACUCUGACACUACUUCUAUAUUCCUCCCAAGUGGCCAGUCCUUUUUUCCAUCCUAUAAACUCUCAUCUUCCAUUUGAUUUUUUUCCAGAAACUCCAUGCCCAUUCACGCAGGUCUGCUUCCUUUGCUUGAUUUCUUACUCUUAGGGAUACAUGGAUUUCAAGCUUAGAGGAAAAAGUGUUGGAAUAUCGACCAGCUCUCUUGAACCCCCCUACCUUCUACGGCCCUUAUAAGAUUCCUCCAGACAGGUCUUUGAAGAGGCUAAAGUUAGCUCUCCUGAAGUCUAGGGUUGUAAUCCUGCUUAUUGUCCUGUUUCUUCCACACCAGAUGAUCCUAAACUCCACCAUCUCAUGGCCACUGCAGCCAAGGCUGCCCCAAUCUUCACAUCCUCAGAUCGUCCUUUGUUGUUUGGUAGUACAAGGUCCAGGGGCACACCUCUCCCAUUUGGCUCUUCCCUAGCAUAUGUAAAAAAUUCAUCAUCAAUGC